UGCCAUCCGAGGACUCGCUUACAGCAUGCUCGGCGAAUGAACCGAGAUUUCGGCGAAUGCAAUCCACUCAACCUGGCCGGACCCCUCAUCCAGCCCGACCCUAUAUAAUUACCCCUGGAGGAUACUAGGUAGUUCACAAGAAGUUUUCUGGAACAAAUUCCACCAUCGCAACCCAGUUCUCUCUUCGACGGUAUAGUACAUCGGUACACCCCCAACAACCAUGCAACCGAUCACCCUCUACUCGCACCCCAUCGGGCCCAACCCGUGGAAAGUCGCCCUCAUCCUCUCGGCCCUCCGCCUCCCCUACGAGACGGUGAUGGUCGACUUCGCCGACGUCAAGAAGUCCCCCUACGUGGAUCUCUGCCCCAACGGCCGUCUCCCGACCAUCAUCGACCCCAACCAGAACAACCUUACGCUGUGGGAGUCCGGCGCGAUUGUGAAUUACCUGAUCGAAACCUACGACUCGAGCCACCAGCUCAGCUACGAGACUCUCCCGGAGCGCCACCACCUCCAGCAGUGGCUGCACUUCCAGGUCUCCGGGCAAGGGCCCUACUACGGGCAGCUGGGGUGGUUCCAGCGACAGCCCGAGCGGGUGCCGCUUGCGAUCGAGCGGUAUACGGCGGAGAUCCGGCGGGUGAUGGGGGUGCUGGACCGCGCGCUGCAGGGCAAAGAGUGGCUGGUCGGGGAGAAGUGCACGUUUGUGGAUCUGUGCUUCGUGCCGUGGCAGGAGUUGGUGCCGCUCAUGGUGCGGGAUGAGGGCGUUGUUCGGGAGCUGGAGGAGCAGUAUCCCAAUGUGAGGGCGUGGAUGGGCCGGAUGAAGGCGAGGGAGGAGGUGCAGAAGGUGCUGCGGGAGAAGCGGGAGGCGAUGGCGCAGGAGCAGUCAAGGUAGUUCUUGGUCCUUGGCUGGAAUUUUGCGCGAUGUUCUGGUAGUAAAGUACUUGCUCAGUAUAGAUGUAUGCAUUCAGGAUGCCUUAGUACUUUAUAGAAGGGC